UUUCAACCCCUUCCUCCCCCUCCUCUCUCCACCGCCUCCCACUUCCGCCGCGCCUGCGCCUGCGCCUGCGCGUGCUCCUUGUUAAAUUUAGCAAUGCCUCCUCUCCACCCAUUCCCGCGCGCCUUCCCCGUCCCACCCCAGCCUCCUCCACGCCCCGUCGCCUCCCCGCGAAACAACCACCUCCACCGUCGCCGCCUCCCCGCCCAUAGGAGGGUGACCUCGCGUCUGCCCCCUUUCCAGACGGUGCCUUGCCGUGGCGUUUGCGGGGGCCGCCGGGGCUUGGUCCGCCUCACCUGAUCCACUCCAGUUUCAGAUGAACUCCAGGUCAUACAACAAACUGGACACCGCGAAUGACAAAAUGGAUUUUAACACCCGUGGAAAUACCGCGUUCAAUGGCACCUUAGACCGGAAUCAAUCAGGUGUAUCUGCCAAUCCAUCCACAGCAUCCAAACCAGCUGCACACUCGCAGAUCCCAAUGGACUUCAGCACUCGUGGAAAUACAGCGUUCAAUGGCGCCUUAGACCGGAAUCAACCAGGUGUCUCAGCCAAUCCAUCCACAGCAUCCAAACAGGCUGCACACUCGCAGAUCCCUUCCGAUAAGAAACCACGUCCCAAGAAAGAAGAUUUUGCUGACAAAGGAAACCCGAACCACAUGACAAAACGCCUCGUUAAUCCUGCAGAGAGCCCUGUGCUGACACCAACAAAAGCAGCAUCCAAAGGCAUGAACAGUAAUACACAAGAGAAACUUAGUGAUUCCGCUCUAACCAUUCCUCAAGGUAGCGCUGACAGUCCAAGAAGUAACAGCUUGGAUAGCUGCAUGUCCGGCCAUGUCAAGCAUCACACCGGAGGGGACUGCCGAUGGGAGGCUGUCCAGUUGGCCACCUCCAGGGACUCCCCUCUCAGCCUAGUCCACUUUAGACUUCUGAAGCGCCUUGGAUACGGGGACAUUGGCAGUGUUUACCUUGUGGAGCUCAGGGGUACAGACACGUUCUUCGCGAUGAAGGUGAUGGACAAGGAGUCGCUCAUCAGCAGGAACAAGCUGAUCAGGGCGCAAACGGAGAGGGAGAUACUCGGCCUUCUCGAUCACCCUUUUCUGCCCACGCUGUACACUCAUUUCGAGACCGACAAGUUCUACUGCCUUGUCAUGGAGUAUUGCUGCGGCGGUAAUCUCCAUUCGCUUCGGCAGAAGCAGCUGCACAAGCACUUCUCCGAGCAAGCAGCCAGAUUUUAUGCCUCUGAGGUGUUGCUCGCACUAGAGUACCUCCACAUGCUAGGCAUUGUGUACCGAGACCUCAAGCCGGAGAACGUGCUCGUCCGAGACGGGGGGCACAUCAUGCUGUCCGACUUCGACCUGUCGCUGCGGUGCUCGGUGAGCCCGAUGCUCGUCAAGUCGUCUUCGGUGCACGCAGGCCCCAACGGCAUCGAGAAAGGGCUGGCCAACACGGAGGGCGUGAGCAACGGGUGCAUCCAGCCGUCGGCGUUCUUCCCGCGGAUGCUGAGCAUGAGCAUGAGCAAGAGGAACCGCAACAAGACCAAGUCGGACCUCAGCCUCCACGGGCUGCAGACCAUGGAGUUCAACGCGGAGCCGACGGACGCGCGGUCCAUGUCGUUCGUGGGCACCCACGAGUACCUGGCGCCGGAGAUCAUCCGAGGGGAGGGCCACGGCAGCGCGGUGGACUGGUGGACCUUCGGCAUCUUCCUCUACGAGCUGCUGCACGGCAUGACGCCCUUCAAGGGCAACGGCAACCGCGCCACCCUGAGCAACGUGGUGGAGCAGCCGCUGCGGUUCCCGGAGAGCCCGCCGGUGAGCAACGUCGCGCGGGACCUCAUCCGGGGACUGCUCACCAAGGACCCCCAGAAGAGGAUCGCAACCAAGAGGGGCGCCACCGAGAUCAAGCAGCACCCGUUCUUCGAGGGCGUGAACUGGGCGCUCGUCAGGAGCGCGCACCCGCCGUCGGUACCGGACCCCGUCGACUUCAGGCAGUACCUAGGCAAGGAGAAGAAGGCGGCAGAGCGUGGCCUUGGCAACGUUCCGAGCAGCUUAUCGGCUGGCGCUGUUGCGGCAGCCAAGACGGGCUCCGGCCAGUUCGAGUAUUUCUAGAGCUGCAUCGGGUUUUUUGAGUGCUUGUAGGACUACUGGACACCAUAGAUACAGAUACCCCGUGUUCGUAUAUCACUGUAUAAACCCUCCUGUACUGUACUGUGGUGAUUUCCGUUAUAUACCUGAUGAGAUGUCUCAUUUGCUAA